AAGAUUAGCCAUGUUAUACGUUGAUGCAGAUGCUACGUUGGACGUGUGGGAAGACAAGGUUGGAUAGGAUUCCAAACGACAUUAUUCGUGAACAGGUGGGAGUGGCUUCUGUGGAGAGUAAGUUGCGGGAAGCUAGGCUAAGGAGGUUACGGAAAGGAUACGCACGGCGUAACGCACGACUGGUCUCUCUCUCUUCCGUUACCUUGUGUCCGCCGCUGUGCCGUCGACUGGAGACGCCGACCAGGAAGCCGACGCCGCCAGUCGCCGCCAUCUUCCUCGUUCUCCGACGCUAUUUCCGUCCGCGCAUCGCCGAAGGAGAGGAGCAACCGUCCGUUCUCUCGCUCGUCUCCGCCGACCAGGGCAGCGCUGUGACUCGCCGUCGACUUCAGGAGUUCCGGCGACAUUCUCCUCUUCUUCCUCCGUCGGGUGCAGCAGGCCGGCAAUACCAGGAAGGAGUUGUAGCGGCGAGUCCUUCCCAAUCCAAGGUUGAAUUCGUCAAAUUUCGAGGUAGGAACACAGAUUUGGAUGGGCAACCCGGGCAGUGAAGUGGUGGUGUGGCGUGGAUGGCUCUUGUUUACUUUAAUAAUUAAACUACAUUAUUUUAUUUGAUUAUAUGGACUGUUGCUCAUUACUUUGGUUUUCUUAUGCUUCCGCGACGUUUGGAUUUAUUUAAUCACUCCAAUGAACUAUGGUUUUGUUU